GAAAGGUCGCCAACCAAUGCUGAGCUGGAAUUUUCAGUGCUGCUGAGGUGUCUGUCAACCAUUUGUAUAGUAAAAACAGUACGGAAGCCAGCGAAUAUCGUGCUGGUGUAGCGUUCAAAAGCCUAUCUUAUUUUGGAGCAGUUUCAAAGUCUUGUCCAGUGUGAAGAUGAGCUUGCAGUGGACAGCGGUUGCUGCCUUUCUAUAUGCUGAAGUGGUUGCUUGCCUUUUGCUUUGCAUUCCCUUCAUAUCACCAACUAGAUGGAAUCGCAUCUUCAAGUCUCGACUGGUGCAGCUUAUUAUGGCAUAUGGAAAUACCUACUUUAUAGUUCUCAUAUUUAUCUUGACCUUCUUGCUGAUUGAUGCAGGUCGUGAGGUCAGAAAGUACAGUGUCACAGAGAAGGUGGAUUUGACCAAUAAUCCAGUAGCAGUUGAACAUAUUCACAUGAAGCUCUUCAGAGCACAGAGAAACUUGUACAUUGCUGGGUUUGCCUUGCUUCUCUGGUUCCUGUUGCGGCGUUUGGUAACUCUCCUUUCACAACAGGCCACAUUUGUGGCUUCCAAUGAGGCUUUUAAGAAGCAGGCUUUAAGUGCUAGUGAUGCUGCCAAAAAGUACAUGGAAGAGAAUGAACAGCUGCGAAUGACAAUUAAAGAAAAAGGAAUCAAGACUCCAGAGGAUGCUGAAACCAGCCUUAAAAAUGAUGAAUUGAAGAAAGAGUUGGCAGCCGUUAAAAAGGAUCUUGUGGAUGCUCGUGACGAACUGAGUAAACAGAAAAAGAAUAACGAAGCAAUGAAACACCAGGCAGAGAACCUUUCAAAAGAGUAUGACCGGCUUCUGGCAGAACAUAGCAAGCUGCAAGAACAAAGUGAUGGUGUGAAAAACAAAAAAGAUGAGUAAAGAGAUCAUGGAGUAUGGAAUUUGCUAUAGCUGUUUGCCAGAGGACUGCAUCAACUACAUGUUCUCCAUCUUCACUCACUUUACCAUGUUGAUAUGUUAUGCCUUAAAUGCGAAUGUAAAAAUACAAAUCUUUAGAUCUAUAUUUCUAUGUCUGAUCUUUGUAUGAAGAUACUGGUACAGACGAAAAGGCCUGCGAAGCCCGUGUUUUUGAAUGGUUUCUUAGUUCAUACCUGUUUAUUGAAGAAAAAAAAAAUGUUAUAUCUAUUUUACACAUUAUGUUCUGGAAAGGGUCCAGUUGGUUUAGGCGUUUUGGUAAAUAUAAACAGACGAUUUAUUACUGCUGUUUUAAAGAGGUUACAGAGUUGCAUCCAGCAUGAAAAUAUAGUUCUGGUAAUCUCUUCAGUUCUGGCAAUACUUUAUCAGGCCAACUUUACAAAUAAUCUAAUAUUCUAUGAUCCUAAUUCCUGUAAGUACAAUUAUGAUGAAUUUGAGAUGAGUUUACAAUCAUAAUUCCAUAACAUGCAUCUUAGUAAUGCUUAGCUAAAGAAAGAAGAAACAGAGCGAAGACCAUGCUUUCUGUCAGCUUUUUAUUAAAGCAUUCUUCAAAAAUUUUGCUUUCAAAGAAGCCAUGUAGGUGGGCUCAAACUAUAAUAAAAAUGAAUCAUCACAUAGUAUUUCUUUGUACGUCGUGUGCAUGGUAUUACAAUGCUUUUCAUUAAAAUUCUAAUUCUGAUCAAAUGAGAAAUUUUAAAUUGGUUCCAUGGGUGUGAGAUUUUUGCAGAUUAUGUUGGAAAUUUCCUUCAUAAGCAGCAAACCUUUUAGAGCUGUAUAGAGGCCAGGUACCAUCUGUGACCGCACUCCUGGACAUAUGCAAAGAUUUAUAUAGAGCUCAGUUCUGUUUUUCACUGAAUAAAUGGCAAAUAAUGAAAAGAAAAUAUCAUUUUGGGGUACAACUUCGCUAGUUUUCCCAAUGUAGCUUUCUAAAAUCUUUGCUUAAAAUAUUUUCUAGUUGAUCUGCAGGACCAUGUGCAAAUUCAGCUUUACUUUUGUUACCUUUAUGGAAAUUAUUCUAGUGCUUGUUUCAGAACUGUUUCUCAUUUCAAAACUUUGCAAUAAUAGUUUUCUAAGUAAUAUGUGCUAGAAUGUCUUUGAACAUAUUGUAUGUUUUUGGCAAAUAUAUUUUUAUCUUGUUUUCUAAUAUUGUUUUAUAGUACUUGUACAAAAGGAAAAUGUGCAUUUUAGGAGAAAUGGUGGGAUAUCUAUGUUUGUAUCAAUGCUACUGAAAAGAUGGUAGUUGCUAUUCCAAACUACAACUGAUUUUUUUUAUGUCUGUUGUCUUCAAAGUUAAGAGUAAGUUCUUCAUCAAGAGUGUCCCAAAAUAUACCUGACCACAUUUAAGCCAAAAAUGAAUUGAUGGAGCACUUACAAAAAUAGCUGGGGAAGAAACAAGGAUACUUGGAUGCUCUUCUUAUUUUGCUGUUAAUCUACUUGAAGUUGGCUGCAAAUCCACACAAAAAAGUACAGUCAAGCCCCACAAUGCUUCAAUUUCCUGGCCCAAUUUUAACAUUGAGCAGCUCAGCAGGUCACUGGCAGGAAAGCACACAGGGUCCUGCCCCUCCCUGUGCCAUGUCUUCACAUGCAGUGACUGCCGGUGAACUUGAGGCCUUGGAUUCAGAAAGAAACAUCUUACCCAAUUCCUUGUGAGGACCUAAAUCAGAGAAGGGCUGGGGAUCCUAGUGAUUUCUUGCUGGUGACAUGUUCAAGAGUGGCUGCAGUUGGAAGCCCACUUGCUCUGUCUGUCCUUUAGCUUAGCAGGUUAAACUGGAGCUUUCUGACUUGCAAAUUGGAGAGGAGUGGGCCUGAGUGGUCACUAGUUGGUGACAUCUAAUACUUUAGGGCUGGGAAACAAAAAGGCUGUGGGUCAGUCAAGGAAGCAGGCACAGCACAAGCCUAUUAUUGAACUGUCAAUAAAUCCAAUAGGUUUCAUUCUGUUAUUCUGUAUAGUUUUAAACGGUAUUGGGCUUACACAUCAGCUCACAGCACCGAACUUCCUGAUAAAGUGUUAAUCUAUUAUUUGUGCCUGUUGUUUCCAUAUGUACUGUGCCAUGAAAAGUAUUUGCUCCUUCCUAAUUUCCACUAUUUUUGCUUAUUCGUAAAUCUUAAUUGUUUCUCAUCUCCAGGAAAAUUUAAUAUAAUACAAGAGACAACAUGUGUAAACCGACAUCAAAAUCACCUAUGUGAAAAAGUAUGUGCCCACCAAUUCAUUGAUUAAUGCAAUUUAGAACUUGGUUUCCUUUUGUAUUCUAAAUUUGUCUGGAGAGCUGAAUCAGUUAAGUGCUAUGAAUAACCAAAUAUAGUGGAAAUCAGUGAGGGGUAAAUAAACAUUUUUCUGGUACUGUAAAAAUGCAAAGAACUUCUAGACUUCAUGUUUAUAAAUUUCCUAAAUGAAAAGCAGUUUUGUAAUAAUAUGUGAAAGUUCCUGGUAACUGCUAUUUCUCUCUUUAUUUUCAUGCAGGUGUAUCUUUUUUUUUUAUUAUUAUUUCUGUUUAAAAGUAAUGCCUUUGGGAGUUUUACAUUUUAUCAUGCCACACCAGUAUAAAGACUGGGCAAAGCAAAGAGAGCUGAAAUACAGGAGCGACCCCUAAAGAAAUAACAGUUUGGCAUCCCAGCAGCUCACCUGGCAGGCCACUAUUAAUGACAGAACCAGGAUCUGUUCGUUUUGGCACAGACUUGCAGCUCCAGAACUACCUUGACAGUCCCUGCUAUGUUAAUAGGUGUCCAACAUGUUCAAAAAUGAGUAAAUCAUUAGGAUGCGAGUCUUCGGUUACUCACUUAGUUGACAGGGGUAAGUGAAAAAGCUUAUUCAUAAGAAAUACAGUAGCUUUCCAAAAGGGGUCUGUUAAUUAGUAGAUUUGUGAAUGCUUAGUUUUUGGUUUAUGUAUAAGAAUGAGUACAGUAACUCCACUUACCGUUCAGUAAAUAAGGCAGUCUCUAAAUUAAAAGAAGUGCUCUCCUUUCAGGAAUAUAUUUAAUUUCUACCAUGUCAAAAAUGUCACAGUUUGGCUGGUUUCUAAAACAAUGAAUGAGGGCAUGUUGCACAAGUCCACACAACCUCCUUAUUAAAUCCAGAUAAUUAAGUUUGCUGUUCAUUUUUAAAUUUUUAUAACAAUCCACAUGCAGUGAAUCUAAUCUGAGCCCUUUGAAAAGUGAUUUUUGUUUUUUCUCUCCACAUUCCUUAUCAAAUUUGCUAUUUUGUAGAUGGUUGCUUUAGACUGUCCAGCUAAAGGAAAUGAUGAUUAAAAUAUUGACAAAUUUCUUAAUGCAUAUUUAUGUAGCCUCAGUUUCUUGUUAACUUUCCCAUGUGUUGGCAUGCUUCUGCUUAUUUUCAGAUUUGUUUGUGUGCUUUUUUUUUUUAGGUUUAUGAACUUGUUGAAAUAAACCAAAACUCUUUCAUUGUUUAUUACGGUUCAAAAGCAGAGCAGAAGCUUUCUAAAGCUGUGCAGCCUGAUAGUAAGCAUAGAGUAGGGACCAGGACUGGAUGAGAGCUGUGCCUGGCGUGAGGUUAUCGGUAGGGACAACCGCCUAUUUAAAACUUCACAUGACCUCAUGAUGUCAAUGGCUUAUCGGUUCUCUUUGUUUUUUACAUAUGUUACAAAUCUAGAGGGAUUUAUGAGUCCUCUUUUCCCAUGUUAAGAGUACUACAUACUGUAAAUAAACAAUGCUGCAAAGUAUCAUUCUGAAUAUUACGUGAUUCUGUUCUAAAAGGAGAUUUUGGUUUAUUUGAUAUUUCUGAUUUGAUGGUCAUUGUGCAUGAUUGUGUUUAAUUCUAAUGCUGUUAUAAAAUAAAACCAAACAAGCACUCCAAAAUUAAAAA